CCCUCCUCCAGUCAAGAAUCCAAAUGAACGGCAUCAAAAUUUGCACAUCGAACCACCGUAAAUUAUUAUGUUUCCACCGCAAAUUCACAUCCUACGCCGCAUUACUCGAAAGCCCGAUCGAGUCUGCCGGAAAAUUUAAUGAGUUCGGCCCACUUCACUUUCUCAGCAACCCCAGAGAAAUGAGAGGCUCGGCACUUUCAGAAACCAAAUUAGCACACGCCCUUUUGCUGAAAAGCAGUGCACUCUACUCUAACAUCUACGCCGCCAACAAUUUGAUCAGCUCUUACUCAGAAUGCAGCCACAUGGAUUGUGCAUUCAAGCUGUUCGACGAAAUUCCUGACAGGACUUUAGUGACAUGGAAUUUGAUGAUUUUGGGGUGUAACAAGAAUUUCCUCUUCGACGUUUCUUGGAAUGUUUUUCGCCAAAUGCACAAUGCUGCAGUGUGUAUGGAUGAGUUUACUUACGGCACUGCCCUUUCUGCUUGCAGUGCUUUGGAGCAUGCAAAGCGCGGGGAGCAGAUUUAUGGGCUCGUUACGAAAAAUGGGUUCUUUUCGAAUGGGUAUGUGAGAACCGGGAUGAUAGAUUUGUUCUCAAGGUGUCGUAUGACAGACGACGCGUUGAAGGUAUUGUACGAGAAUCACUGCGAGAAUGUCGUUUGUUGGAAUGCUGUUGUAUCGGGAGCGGUUAAGAAUAAGGACAACUGGCUUGCACUGGAAAUCUUCAGUCAAAUGUGCCGUCAUAGUUCUGUUAUACCAAACGCUUUUACGUUUUCCAGUGUCUUAACUGCCUGUGCUGCAGUUGAGGAGCUUAAUUUGGGUAGAAAUAUUCAUGGAUGCGUGAUCAAAUCUGGUGUAGGAUCGGAUAUUUUCGUGGGAACAUCGAUUCUUGAUUUCUACGCCAAAUCGGGGGCAAUGUGUGAUGCUAUCAAGCAGUUUCGACAAAUGCCGAUACGCAAUGUCGUCUCUUAUACUGCCAUGAUUUCCGGUUUUGUCAAAGAAGGCGAUUCGGAUUCUGCUGUUCGAAUCCUUAACGACAUGCGAAAAACGGGACAGGAAAUAAACAGUUACACUAUAUCCGCCGUGCUUGCGGCUUGUGCUAAUCCAGCUAUGUAUACCGAAGCAUUACAGAUCCAUUGCUGGAUUUUCAAGAACGGGCUGUGUUUAAAUCCGGUAGUGAAAGCUUCUCUAAUAAACACGUACUCGAAAAUAGGAGCUGUUAAUUUAUCCGAAAAAGCAUUUGCAGAGUCUCGUGAAGUGAAGCAAGUAGGUAUAUGGGCUAAUAUGAUAUCUGCAUUUGUUCAGAGCGAAUGUUACGAAAAGGCGAUUGCUUUAUUUCGGAGAAUGCUAAGAGAAGGUAUUGUGCCCGAUAAAUUCAGCUUCUCCAGUGUAUUAAGCAUAAUCGACAGUUUAUGUUUAGGGAGGCAAGUACAUGGUUGUACUAUAAAAGCCGGUGCGGUGGCUGAAGUUUCUGUAGGCAGUUCGAUUGUCACUAUGUAUUCGAAAUGUGGUGACUUAAACGAGUCUUUAAAAGCGUUUGGGAGUCUUGAAAAGAAAGAUAAUGUCUCGUGGACGUCCAUGAUUUCCGGGUUUUCGGACCACGGGUUUCCAGAUAAGGCUGUUGAGUUGUUUCGCGAGAUGAUGGUUUUUCAAGAAAAACCCGUUUUCGAUGAAAAGGUUUUAGCUUCUGUAAUAAACGCGUGUUCUUCUUUUCAUGCCUUGGAUUCGGGUAAAGAAAUUCAUGGAUUUGCUAUUCGAUGUGGGUUUUUUGAGCAGACCACCAUUGAUGAAGCUCUAGUGAAUUUUUACGCGAAAUGUGGUGAUCUCGAUUCGGCAAGGAUAAUUUUUCUUAAAAUGCCUUUCAAAGGUUCGAUUUCAUGGUCUUCGUUAAUUUCGGGGUAUUCCCAAAGGGGACUAAUUAUGGAGGCUUUUCGUCUUUUCCAAGAAAUGCUUCUGUCUGAUAUACGAGUCGACGCCUUCACAAUCUCGCCGGUUAUUGGUGCUUUUACAAUUUCAAAUCAAAAAUCCGAUUUCGGAACUCAAUUGCACGCGUAUAUUGCAAAAAUUGGUUUACAAUCGGAAGCUUCCGUAGGAAGUUCACUGGUCAUGAUGUAUUCGAAACGUGGAAGCAUCGACGAUUGUGACAAAGCGUUUCGACAGAUUAUAAACCCCGAUUUGUUUAGCUGGACAACGAUGAUUGCGAGUUACGCUAAUCACGGAAAAGGGUCAAAGGCUUUACAAUUAUUCGACCUCAUGAAGGAAUCUGGAAUAUUCCCCGACGAUGUCACCUUCGUCGGUGUUUUAUCGGCAUGUAGUCACACGGGUUUGGUGGAAGAAGGGUAUUUUCAUUUGAAUUCAAUGAUAAGGGACUACAAAAUCGAGCCGAAUAUUAAGCAUUACGCGUGCAUGGUGGAUAUUCUUGGAAGGGCGGGGAGAUUGGACGAAGCGAAGAGGUUUAUUACGGAAAUGCCCUUGGAGCCGGAUGCUCUGGUGUGGGAGACUUUGCUUGCUUUUUGUAGAGUGCAUGGGAAUUGGGAGAUUGGAAAAAUGGCGGCCGAGGAGAUUAGGAAGUUGAGGGGUUUUGAUGAAGGGGUUUCGAUUUCGGUUUCGAAUAUAUUUGCAGAAGUUGGAGAGUGGGAAGGUGUCGAGAAAAUUAGGGUUUCGAUGGAGGAGAGUGGAGUGAAGAAGAAGGAACCUGGUUGGAGUUUUGUAUGACUAUGUCAUAGGUGCAAUUUUUUUUUUU